GAAUUUUAAACGAUUCCGAUUUCGCGGAACCGCGCGCUCCGACUUUCCGCGGCGCAUGCGCCGAACGGCUCCGCAUAGCAGAACAGCGUGUUUGUUAUCUAGCUCUCGCGCGAGCCAGCUGCGCGUGUUUUUAUAUACCUACGUGCUCCACGAGCGCACGUGAUCUUUGAGGUUAUAUACCUUUGCGAUUACGAUCAUCAGGGCGAGUUUCUUUUUGUUUCCCCUUUCAAUCGUCGAGUGAUUUUGUCAUUUGUGCGAGAUGGCGGUCAAGGAGGACAACGACAUCUGCUUGAACAUCGUCACGGGGAUCGGGAGUGCUAAGAAGCAGAAGCAGUCGCCUAAAAUUACUAGUGACGUGCGUAUCAAGAGACUGAGUACCAAUCCGGUCGAUGGUACGAGGAAGCCUUUUCAGAAGUUUCAGUCAACCGAGUCCUCCAAAAGUCUGUUGGUUGGGGCUAAAAAGCGAAUAAAACAAAAGUCGCUGGCCAACAUUGCAGCGAAUAACUUGAAGAAGGUCAGUCAGCCUGCAGAGCCUCCAAAAACGUCCAUCUUAAAGAAGCUAGUGUCCGGAAAUAAGAAAACCUCAGCGUCGAGUGCAGUGGCAAAAGAGACAAAAUCAGAAAAGGAGAAGAGAGUCAGUUUCUCACAGAAUAAAGAGGAUGCAUCUGGAGAAACUUUGGUGCAAUUUACAAAACCCACAAAGGAGAAUGCUCUCAAGACUAUUUUGGCUAAGAAGAGAAAGAGUGAUACUGGGGAGCCCAAAAAGUCUCUGUCCAGUAUUUUUAAAACAUCUAGCUCUACGGACUCAAAUCUGCUCAAGAAUAGUAAUAACGUAGCCAAGGAAAAGUCAGACACUAAAUUCACCAAUGACAAGCAGAAGGCAGGACCAACUCACAGUGAUACGGUAUCUUUUAACAGUGAAAGUAAUCCUAUCAAAAAAUUCAAGAAAUCAAGAGACAAAGUGGACAAAUUUAAUAAAAACAAUGGCGAGAAGAAAGAAAUGAACGAACGUCCUCGUCCUCAGCAAGGCAGUGGAAAGAUAUCUUCACUUUUUGGACACAACCCUACGAUUCCAAACAUUGGGCAAAGAUUUGUCAAGCCAGUGAACGAGAAAGUAUUUUCAGCAGAAAAGUUUGGUGAUUUAGGAAUACAUGCAUACGCAGUGCAAAAUUUAGAACAGAAUAUGAAAAUUACAACCAUGACUACAGUUCAGAAGAAAGCAAUACCUGUGAUAUUAUCCGGCAAAGAUGUUUUGGUGAGAUCGCAGACUGGAUCAGGAAAAACUCUUGCUUAUGCAUUGCCAAUAAUUGAAACCUUGCAACGCGUGAGACCUAAAUUAGCGAGAGAUAGUGGCAUAAAGGCACUUGUGGUUGUGCCCACAAGAGAGCUGGCUCUUCAAACAUAUGAGUGUUUUUUAAAAUUAGUUAAACCCUUUACAUGGAUUGUACCUGGUUAUUUAGUAGGCGGAGAGAAAAGAAAAGCAGAAAAAGCUAGAUUGAGAAAAGGAUGUACAGUUUUAGUCGCAACACCUGGGCGAUUGUUAGAUCACAUUAAACACACACAAGCUUUGAGACUUGAUCUUAUCAAUUGUUUUGUAUUGGACGAGGCUGACAGGAUGCUGGACAUGGGAUAUGAGAAAGAUAUUUCAGGAAUUGUUGCUGCUCUUGAAAAUAAUUUGCCAGCAUCUGACAAUUCAGGAUACGAUCCGAUGCAAAUGCUUCGGCAGCGUGUUAACCCAGAAGCUGCUGAUCAAAAUAAAAGUGAGGAAAAAGAGGGCAAAAGAAUAGAGAGCAACGAGGAAGAUAAUUCUGACGAAGAGAGAAAGAUAAUAACAAAGCAACAGUACAAUUCUGACAGUGAAGAAGAACCUGACGAUGAAGCAGAUUUAAAGAAAUCUGAGCCAGCAUCAUCGAAUAUAGAAGAAAAUGACGACAGGCCGCAUAAGAGGCAGACUAUUCUUUUGUCAGCUACCUUAACUCAAGCAGUGGAGAAACUUGCUGGUUUGACUAUGCAUAAUCCGGCGUUCGUUGAUGCAGCCAAAGAAAACGUAGAAGCUGUUGGUGGAAAUCUAAGUGAAAUAAAUGAUGAUUUGGUGGUGCCAGAGAGCGUUUCACAGAGCUACAUUGUAACCCCACCCAAGCUUAGGAUGGUUACCUUGAGCGCCUACAUUGCUGGAAGAUGUCAGGCUCAGGGAAGCCAUAAAAUCUUGGUGUUCAUGGCUACCCAAGAUAUGAUAGACUAUCACGCAGAGGUUCUGUCUACUGUCUUGAAUAAACCCGUAGACGAAGAAGACGAGGAUUCAGAGCCCUUGGUCGACGUCGAAUUUUUCAAACUACACGGAAGCAUGACUCAGAAAGAAAGAACCGACAUUUUCAAAACGUUCAGGGCAGCAAAGAGCGGCGUUCUUCUUUGCACGGAUGUCGCCGCGCGUGGUCUAGACCUUCCAAAAGUCGACACAGUGGUCCAGUACACCGGCCCCACCUCGACCCGGGACUACGUGCACAGAAUCGGCAGGACCGCGAGGGCCGGCACCUCGGGUGUUUCGACGAUCUUCCUCACGCCGCCCGAAGUCGAGUUCGCGCGAAUGCUCGAAAAGCGCCGCAUUCGAAUCAAGCAGGAGGACAUGGACGACGUCCUGGCCAAACUUCUGGGGCCGCUGUCGCCUCACAAUUCGGUUCACGCGGCCGCCAUUGCUCUGCAGAACGACUUCGAGAACCUGGUGCUGGAGAACAAGAAGCUCUACACCGCGGCUUGCAAAGCCUACACGUCUUGGGUGCGCUUCUACUCGAGCUACCCGCGCGAGAUGCGCGAAGUCUUCAACCGCAAGGACCUGCAUCUGGGCCACUACGCCAAGAGUUUCGCUCUGCGAGAACCGCCGCAAAAAAUCGGAGCUGCCGGCAAGUCGAUCCGCGAGCGGGAGCAGUCCCAGCUAGCCAAACCGAAGCACCAGAACAGGCUCUCCAAUCAACGGAACGACGGGGUGCCCGCCGGGAACAACAAGAGGCGAGCCGGCCAGGCAGGAGCAGGCGGCGCGUCCCAGCGACAGCAGGAUCGCAGGACCGGUAUGCUGAAGAACGUCAGGAUGCUCAACACCUCCGAGUACGACAGUGGCCUCGAACCCAUCAAGAAGCCCAAGAAGUCGUGAGAAUCACCCGGCCCUGCACUCGAACGCUCAACUCUUGUAUAGAUCAUUAAUUAUAUUUAUUUUAUGUAUUUUAUAUUCGGUAGGUUAUAUAUUUUUUACACGAUUUCCCAGAUCUUAGAGCUUCUUUAUGGUACGAAAUUGGCUUGAAAUUUUUUCAUCGUUCACAACAUGUCAUUCACAUUAUUUUUAUCGACAGUGACAGUACUGAUAAGGCCAAAGUAGACGCAUCUGCUUCUGCUGGAGUGAAAGAGGAAAAUAUGGAGCUUAUGACACCUGUAUAUAGAAUUUUGUACAUACAGAACCUACACGAUCUUGUUACAAAUAAACUAGUGUAAAUAUCAAAGCGAA